AUGAACUUCUUGAACUUCUUCUUUCACUUGUUCAUAUUAUUUCCUGUCAUGUAUACUUUAGAAAACUCCUGUCAAAAUUCUUGGUGUAGUGAGAAUAACAUCCUUAUUCGUUUCCCUUUUCUAUUAGAAGCUGAAGGUGAUCAAGAAUAUCCUUAUUGUGGUUAUCCGGGUUUCGAAUUAAGUUGUACUAAUGAUAGCAGAACAAUUCUAACACUCCCUUAUUCAGAAGUGUUCUAUGUUCGCGAAAUCGAUUACCUUCGACAAUAUAUACAAGUCUAUGACCCGCAUCAUUGCCUUCCAAAUCGUCUUCUAAGUCUUAACCUUUCAGGUUCACCUUUCGUUACCAGAUUUCUUACUAAUUACACUCUCUUGAGCUGCUCAACUCCAAACAUUGGAUCACAGUUCAUACCUGUUGACUGUCUAAGCAAUUCUACACAUUUUGUAUCGGUUAUUCCUUCCUUGAGCUUCACCAAUUCAUUGCCCGAGUCUUGCUUUAUAGUUAGAAAUCUCUCAGUUCCAAGUGAUAGUUCAUAUCAGGAUUUUUUCUUAAACAACCAGAUCAGUGAGGAUUUUGAACUAACAUGGUCUUCACCGAAUUGUAGAUAUUGCGAAUUACAAGAUGACAUGUGCGGAUUCGAGAGCAGAAAUAGUGAUCAAGUUCGCUGUUUCUCUAAUCAACAAACAAAUCAUCAAACGGGUCAUUCAAAAGACGACCUUUUGAUUUCUAGAAUCAUCAUAUUAUGUGUUGGAGGAACAGCUUUGUUGUGUGCAAUUGGGACGGGAUGCUUAGCAUGCUACAGUCGCGGGAGGACAAUAUCAGAUGAACCUGCCAUUAACAUCAACAUUACAAGGAUGGGGGUGGGUCUGGAUGAGUCAACAAUUGAAUCUUUUGAGAAGAUUGUAUUAGGCGAGAGUCGAAGACUGCCGGGAGUGGAACACAAUGAUGGAACUGGAUGUUGCCCAAUAUGUCUCUCCGAGUACAACAGCAAGGACAUAAUCAGAUGCAUUCCUGAAUGUAGACACUGCUUCCAUGCUCAUUGCAUUGAUGAAUGGCUUCGCAUUAACACCACAUGCCCAAUUUGCCGUAACUCACCCUCUCCUCAUUUUCCAUGA